AUGCAUCACAGCACACAUGCCUCACCAUCCGUCCCUCUCGACCCAUACAUUGGCAGACCGGUCUCGUUCCUCGCCGGACAUUUCGCGGGGAGGACACUCCGCGCAGAGCUCUACGAGCUGCAAGCUGCUACAGCGGGGCGAAAAUGCGGGACGAAGGACAGGCGGCCGCUCGACCCGCCCCCCGUCGUGAGCCUGCGGCUGUUCGAAGUCCGCGACGCAGGCACUCCGCUUCAGGCAGAGUGGGAGUUGGGAAACCUGAGCGAGGUGGACAACCAUGGCUUUCUGUGUCAUGUAGACUUGUUCCACGUGCAGGACCCAGCAUCGUCGCCUCCCGACGCUUGGAGGAGCGAUGCUACUGCUGGUCCUUCAGCAUUCAUGUACGGUGCUCCUGGUCACUCCGCACCUGACAUAUCGACGUCUUACCACGCUAGACCAUCCGCAGGGCCAUUUCCAGGAUACAGUGACGAGACGACCUACCGGGCUUCUCCGCGCAACGUGAACAGCCACCGUGACCCCGCGAUGGCCUUCAGCUCUGCUGCAGGAUUCGCGGGCUCGGACGCAACACACCACGCCGCCGUGACCGGGGGAGGCAUUUCCUCGUACUAUCCCCCUAUCGCUGGGCUUGAACCGCUGAGGACUAUUGAGCCACAAGCACCCGCCACGAACGAUGAUGAGCUUUGCACUAGGCUAUUCGCCGGCACUACCAUUGUCGCAUCGUCUUGCAUUACCCAUGGCGGGAAGAACUCUAUGCUCUUCACCUUCUCCGAUCUCGCCAUUGAAGCAGAAGGGCUCUUCUUCCUGCGCUACAGAGCGUUCAACAUCCUCAACGUCGCUGCGGGAGCCGCGCCAAUCCCUGUACUGGCUGAAUGCUACGGCAGCGCGUUCCGGGUGUAUAACACGAAAGACUUUCCCGGGCUGCGCGCGUCGACGGACCUGACCAAAGUAGCAAUUAUCGUCUAUGGGAGUCAGGGUGCAUUCGCGUGUAAACGAGCGGAAGCGACCGAGGACCUCAUCAGAAAGGGGUAA